GCGGCAUGGCGCUGCUCUGGCGGCUCGGGCUGCUCUUGGCUUCGUGCGGCGGCUUCGGCGAGCCCCGGUCGGCGCCGGGACGUGGCGGCCCCGUCCCGGGAGCGGGUAGCGGUGCCUGGGGGCAAGGGGGAGACCGGACCUGCUCCUGGACCAUCGUGCCAAAGGUCCUGCAGGGCGAGAAGCACAUCAGCCUGAAGCGAGCCAUGAUGGGGCAGAAGGGGUUCCCCACCUGGCUGCAGGUUGUUCUGGAGGUUGAAGGAGAGCACCUUCAGUUGGAUUUGGUACAGAAUUGGGAGCUGCUGGCAGGCACCCGAGGACUUGUCUAUUACCUUCACGACGGGACGCGGGCAACGCACCAAACGGCCGCAGAGGGCAACUGCUGUUACCGGGGCGAUGUCGUGGGGUACCCCGAUGGGUGGGCGAACAUCUGUCUUUGCUCCGGUCUAAGCGGCUUCCUUGUCGUGUCCAGCGACAGAAGCUACAGUCUCGAAUCCAGCGACGAGGAGAGGACAAGGAUCUACCGCCUCGAGGCCGUCCGGCAAGGGACGGGUGAAUGCAAGGCUGUCUCCCUGUCGCAGGGCCAGCAUCAUCCGCAGAGAAAAGCAGAGCAAACGGUCCUACAUAGGGCUAAACGAGAGACAGAACCGGAGCAUGGAUAUGUGGAACUGGUGAUAGUGGCCAACCUGGCCGAGUUCAAGUUGGAUCCUGACAUCAACCGGACGCAGAUACGGAUGCUAGAAAUUGUAAGCCACAUGGACGGGUUUUUUCGGACGCUGGACCUGCGGGUGGCAUUUGUCGGCUGCGAGGUCUGGACCGACAGGGACCACGUGGCAACGAGCGGGCCUCUUCGGGAGGUGCUGGAGCGGUUCCUGCAGUGGAGGCAGAAGGAGCUGCUGCCCCGGAUCCCCCACGACAACGCCCAGCUCAUCAUCGGUUCCCCGUUCCGGGGCGGCUUGAUCGGGGCCUCCACGCAGGGCUCCAUCUGCUCCGGGCGCUCAGGUGGAGUCACCAUGGACUACUCCGUCAGCCCCUUGGCGAUGGCCUCCGCGCUCUCCCACCAGCUCGGCCACAACCUCGGCCUCAACCACGACGGCGCUGGCUGCGGGUGCGACGGCUCCAGCCCGAAGCUGCCCCCGGGGCACAGCUGCAUCAUGGAGCCGCUGACCGGGAUGACCCCCGGGCUGAGCUUCAGCAGCUGCAGCCAGUGGCGCAUCGAGCAAGUCCUGCAGAGCGACCGGGCCUGGUGCCUGCGGGAGGAGCCGGAUCCGGCCCGCCUCGUGGGCCCGUUCUGCGGCAACCGGAUCGUGGAGUCCUCGGAAGAAUGCGACUGCGGCCUGCGGCUGGAGUGUGCGGACCCCUGUUGCAAUGCAACCACCUGCAAGCUGAUGCCCGGGGCGCAGUGUGCCACCGGGCAAGCCUGUUGCCACGAGUGCAAGAUCCGCAGCGCUGGAUUUGUCUGCCGGGAAGCCCAGAACGACUGCGACCUCCCGGAAUUCUGCAGCGGGGUGUCCCCGCGCUGCCCCGCCAAUUUCCACAAGCAGGAUGGGACCCCGUGUGAGGAGGGGACGGCCGUCUGCUACAACGGGAUCUGCCCCACUUACCUGAGCCAGUGUCAAGAAUUUUGGGGCUCAGAUUCGGUCCCUGUCUCGGAUGCCUGUGUAGCUUCGCUGAACAGGAGAGGCGAUGCGGAGGGUCACUGUGGGCAGCAGGCCAACGGCUCCUACAUCCCAUGUGCAAAAAGUGACGUGUGGUGUGGGCAACUCCAGUGCCAGGGCGGUGGCAGCGCCGGUGCCAAAAAACAGAACGGGAAGGCCCAGGGGCCGGCCUGCCUGCACAACACCCCAACGCCCGUCGCAGACGUCCUCGAUCUGGCGAUGGUGCUGCCCGGCACAGCCUGCGGCCCCAGCAAGGUCUGCGUCGAGAAGCGCUGUCGGCCCCUCUCCUCCUUGAAGCUGCCGGCGUGCCAGUGCAACGGACACGGGGUCUGCAACAACGAAGGGCACUGCCAUUGCCAGCCGGGCUGGGCGCCCCCGGAUUGCCGGAGUGCCGGACUCGGGGGCAGCGUGGACGGUGGCUCCCCUGCCGCAGAGCAAGCUGGCACCGCCACCUCGACCGCCCUCCUGCUGACAGCCCUCUCCCUCGCCCUGGUCCUCGCCGUCGGAUUCUGCUGCGCCAGGCGGGUCGGCCUCUACAAGCGUCUCUGCCAGUUCAGCAAAGGCACGAGCUGCCAGUACAGAAAUGAGGCAGAGUCGCGGGUGCGAUUUAUCCGUCCGGCUGAACCAAGAGGGAUCACGCAGCCGGAAGGCCAGAGCUACAGUCACGCCCCUCCAGAGCGCCCGCGUCCCCCACGGUGGAGGCCGAACACCGAAAUGCAGCUUGUGCCAAGCUCUAAGCCAGCUGCUGCUCUCGAUGCCCCGUGGCCCAAGCCACCGUCCAAGCCUCUUCCGCCUGACCCCAUCCCAAAGAGUCAACAGACCUUGGCCGCGGACAGGCCUGCGCCCCCCACCCGCCCGUUGCCUGCCGAUCCCAUUCCCAAAAGCGCUCAGCCCCGCAGUGCCGCCAGGCCUUUGCCUCCCCGGAAGCCGCUGCCUUCGGACCCCCCCCGGGCCGAGACAGGUGCCGCCCCCGGCUGCAGUCCUCAGGUCCAGAUGCUGCCAUCCAGGCCAGCUCCACCACCGCCUCCUGCAGCCUCCGGCUCUUCAACGCACGUUCACAAGAUCUGACCCGGCCUGCCAGGCUGAAGGCUCCAAGCCUGCCUCUCUCCGGCCGGACCAGCCGGCAGGGACGACGGCCGCCGUUUCUCAGCACUGGCUUUGACGGCUUCGGGUGUGGAUUUCGUGGCGGUCUCUGGGCCUCCCUGGCGAGGUCGGUGUGGGAGCCUCUCCUGCACCUCUGCCUCUUCCCCUGACCGGGCGUCACACUCCGUAACUUGGCCGAAGCACUGCCACAGCGGCUCGCAAUUCCUCUGCCCGGCGCCGGCUUUGAAUCGGGACACAGGGAAUUCUGGGAAAGUCUUUGCACUGGGAAUGAAGGGACGAGAGCCCUGGAUGACGUGUGCAUGCUCGCGUGUGUGUUUGUGUGUGAGUGAGAGAGAGAGAGAGGACAAGGGCGCGUGUUGCGAGUGUGUGAGGGAGGCCAUUCCCAAAGCCCAAAAUUUGGGGGUUAGGGCUUGAGGCAACUUUUUCUGCAUAAAAACAAACAUCUCCAUUUCUUUCUGUGCCUCUUGCUUUUGAACACUUUAUCCUGGAUGGGGAAUGCCUGCCCAUAAUAAAUAAUGUUCAUUUAUUCUCCUCCUCUUUGCUUUCUGGAAGGAACUCAAGGCAGCGUGCCUGGUGGUCGCCGUCUCUGUUUUCUCUUCACAACAUCCCAGUGAGGUAGAUUUGGCCAAGACUCGGUGCCUGGAUCGUGGUGAACGCUGCGGCCGACCCGAUGUCCUCGGCCCUAGUCCAACCCUCGGACCUCAGGGGUCCGGUGAGGAUCGAGCACCAUGGAAGUAGCUAAAAGAAAGGCACUUUGCUCCUUGUGGAGCUGUUAAAAAUCCCAGAGGUCUGGUCCUAACAGCUCUGGAAUUAUUUUAAUUUCUGUAUUUCCAUAUUUCAUUGCUUUUCCUGCAAAGGAACCGAUGUGUAAUCCUCGUCUUUGGCUUCUAACACCUGCUCUUCUAUGCUUUCUUCUCCAUUCUUUUUUUUUUCUAUUUCAUCUCCGUUCUUUUCCUGCUUCCUUCAUCAGAAUCUUUCCACAACAGCAUCUGCCUUUUUUAGUUCAUUAGAAAAACUUCAUGUGUUGUAACCCCAUCAUAAAGUUACGUGUGCCCCCCCCCCCCCAGUGCAUAAAUUCCAGGGCAGUAGAGUUUUUUGGUGCUUUGCAAUGCUUUCCUUUGAUUUUAGACCGGCGGAUGGAGGGUAGGGGAAAGCCAGCGUGUCCUCGUGGUCUCUGGGACUCGGGAGACACCAUUUCCUGGACACCUGGAGCUCACUUUGGGUCCGCCACUGACUCCCAGCCUCACCUGCCACGAAGGGUGGCUUUGAGGAGCUUGGCAAGUCCCCUUGGGGUUCCUUGUAGGAGACAAAGGGGGGCAGAAAUGUGAUACAUUGAAGUGCCCCACAGUGGCAGCGUUCCGGAGGGUGGGAAGCCCUCGAUAAAGCCCCUUCAUUGGGCUUCUGCUGGGAUACCCAAACCUUAGCGCUGGCCCUGAUUGGUUGCUCCGGAUCAAAACCGGCACCCUGAAAUGGCGCUUCCUUGCACAGGCUGGAUUUCACCCCUCCCAUUUGCAAGAAACAGUCUUUCCUUCAACACAGAUCUGGUGCCAGUGAUGGAAAUCCAUAAAUAUAUUUCAGAUUGUGUGAAUAUAUAUAUGGAUUGGAAGCAUUUUUUUGCCUCUGCUCAGCCGGGAGGACAUCCAAAGCCUCUUAGGUACAAUCCAUCAAACCGGACAAUCGCCAUCUACAGCUCACAAUCUCAAAAGACACGGCACGCAAGGAACAAGGAACGGGGAGGGAAGAGGGGAAACAGCGAUUUCGGCAGAGCUGGAGGCAUGGCUGGAGGCAACCCCUGAGCACAACGCGUUGCACCCGCUUCAACCCGGACCGGAAUUCAACAUUUCAGAAAAUGGCCAGUUUCUGUUUGGACCGGCUCUGUCCAGGUCAGCCGUGUGUGGAACCCAGGCAGAAGUUCAGAGAUCCAAGGCAUCCAGCUCUCCAUGGACUCUCCUGGCAUUUCCGAAACGGCUGUAUUUUCCUCCCACCAUCUUCGCUGCAGCCACAGAAGUGCCUAGAGAAGGAAGAACCAGAUGGGUACGGCUGUGCACCUCCUGGAUGUUGAUAUUACUCACUUGCAUGUCCUAAUGCAUGUUAGAAGAUCUAUUACUGCUUUCUCCUGCCAAGGGGUAAUCGGGUUAGCCUGCGUUGUGGCAAAGACAACAAAAAUUCUUCUGUCGGGGCCUGGAAGACAAAUUUAUCUGAGCUCGCGUUUUCGUGAGCUUCAGCCCACUUCAUCAGAUGCACGCCGUUUGCCAAGACUGAUAGCUUUUCACUCCGUUUUGCUAAAUUGGGUGUCUCUGAUUAAAUUUACGCCAUAAGUAA